CACACACACACACACACACACACAAAUGCACACACACACACACACACACAAUCUCAGUUACAGAUGAAUGCCAUACCUACAUCAACCUCACCAUUCUCAGAUGCAUCGCUCCACACAGAAACAUUCUUGGUCUCUGUACACCCUGACAGCCGUCCCCAAGCAGCUCGCUUAGUGAUGUAGUCACAAUCUACUGGAUAUCUAUCGAUGCCAGCAGUCAGCCAGUCUCACAACCUCGGCUAUACCCAGAGCUAAUAUCUGCAUUAUAGUAAAAGUCUCUUGUUAUGAAACGCACCCUGAACUAGGAUACAUAUCUUUAUUACAGAUGGUCAUAUUUUGGAUUCCUAUCAGACAUAUAUCCUACAACGGAUGCAAUCUAAGCAAAUACAACAUUCAAUGAAAUAUGAGACUUUGAGUCCGUCGAAUAAAGACAAGAAUACUAGAUAUUUCAGCCCUUCAACAAGGACCAUAUUUAAAUUAUUAACAUUCUAAAACACUCCACAUGUAACAUAUUUUACAUACAUCUUAUUUACACAUAUACACACAUACAAAUAGUUUUCCUUGUAUACAUAGAUGUAUAAUUGAGGAUAUUUACACAUACUAAAUACAAAUGUAGAUAUAUAUAUAUAUCUCCAAAUACAUACAAUCCAAAUAACUUUUUGAUCACGACAGAAUAAAAAAAAGUAUAUACAAACACAAAUUUCAAAUAUAAAUUGAUACUGACGUAUAUCUAUAUACACGUAUUUGUUUGCAUAUAUAAUUUCAUAUAUAUAUACACACACAUAUAUUAUAGACGCACCAACAUACUUCACUACAUUAACAGCAUUCAAAAAUACAAACAUCUACACACAUAUCCAAAUUCACAGCCACUCAUAUACACACAUUUCAUAGAUAGAUGAAUAUAUAAGUAUAAUCUUAAGAUAUUUGUGAAAAUGUCUCGUUUAGGGGAAGGAAUUAAGCAUUUUAAUGCUGAGGAAUACAAAGAGGCAUUGUCAUGCUUUAACGACUCGCUGAAGGCACAGUGUAGCAAGGUAGAACAGAAUGACAUUCUUCAAAGACGAGCGCGUUGCCAUUUAUAUCUUGGUAAUGUCAGUCACGCAAUUGAAGAUGCAAAGCAACUUAUCGAAAACCAGCCAGAUUCUACUGCUGGCCACAUCUUACACGGCAAGGCACUAACAAAAGCAAAAAAGUUCGAAGAUGCGCUUUCGGCCUACCGUAAAGGCUUAGACGUCGAUCCUAACGAUAAAGUGAUCGCGCAGUGUCUAAAAGAUAUGCAGAAUGCUAUUGUAAAAUCUUACGAGCAGAAAGCUAAAGAUAAAGACAUGAGUUACAACGCUGUUAAUUUGUGUACACAAGAAUCUUAUCCCGGCGAUGAAGAACUGGCAGAAAACGAAAGACAGAUUAUUGAAUUGAAAGGUUACAAUAAACUACCAUGUAUAUAUAGUGGUAUGCCUGAUCCAGAACAGGCCCACAAAUAUCUGCAGUUGGCCAGGAAAGAAAUUAAAGCUGGGAAUUUACAAAGUGCUCUUAAGUCGUAUGAUGUGUCACUGAGUAGAGAUCCAUUGAACUUUGAUAGUUGGACAGAAAAGGCAAUAUUAUUGCAUCAACUGGAAAGGAAUGGAGAAGCAUAUCAAUGUGUGUCUGCGAUACCAUCAGAGUGUAGGAAUUCGGACAACUGGAAACUCGGAGGAAAGAUACUUUUUGACCUUGACCUGCACGUCACAGCGGAAAUUUGGCUUCGGAGGGCCACUCAGAUGAGUCAGCGAAAAGAUCUGGAAGCUGCAACACUCUUCCAGAAAAUCCGAGUCCAUCGAUUAUAUCAACCCCUGGUGAAAGAUUCUAAAGUGAAAGUAGAUUUUACACUAUAUGGACGUGCCGUAGUGGCGAGAGAAGAUGUAAAGGCUGGUGAUAUAGUCCUUGCGGAUCGACCUGCGGUAUUUGCUCAGAUAUUAGAGAAGGAUCCUGUGUUGGCCUGUCCAAAUUGUGCCAAAUCUCUAAUGUCAGCACAAGAUUACUUCGGCUCAAGUAAUUUAAAGAAGAAUAAAACUCUAAAAGCCGCUGUUACCAAAUACUGGCCAAUUGUACCACGAAUUCCUUGCAGUGGAUGCGACAAAGAAAUAUAUUGUUCGGAAACAUGUCGUGAAGAAGCCUGGUCGAAUUAUCACGAGGUUCUGUGUCCAUCUGUCAAUCCGGAAGCUAAUAAGCUGUACGAUAUCUGUCAGAAAAUCAAAGAAUUAAGUGAACAACGACGAAAAAUAUGGAGCGCCAGUUUUUGUCCAACUAUCCUUGCUCGAAUUUGGGCUGCCAUCUGUUGUCAUGCGAAGAGACUGGCUGCUGAAAAUGGUUCCACCACACCAACACAGAUGCAAUGGGCUAUUGCUAAAGCUCCAUACAGACGUUUUAUUGCAUAUGGAGCCCAGGGUGUUGCAGGCAAAUUCACGGUGAUGCAUCAAGUUAUGAAAGAUGUCUUCAAUGGUCUUCCUGAAGGUUUGCGUUACGAUGUAACACCGCGUGAGUUCGACGGACGUUAUCUACAAAUGGCAUGUAACGUACAAUCAUUCUCUGAUGGACGAAAUCCAUUGCAUUGUUUCUUAAAUUCAAUCAGUAAUUUCUCUCAAUAUGCCCAGAUUGCGGACCUUGUCGACGUUGACAAUAUUCCGGAAGCCAAUUUUGCUGGCGUGUUUCCGGUACAGUCUUGCUUGAAUCAUAGUUGUGCGAAUACUAUCGAAGUAAUGGACGGUGUGUCGAAAGGACGACCCGGAAUUCACUUAAGAGCCCGUAUAAAUAUCAAAGCUGGUGAAGAAUUAUUUAGCACUUAUAUCGAUACAUCAAUCCCACGUCGAGAAAGAAGAGCUUGGCUGUUCAGAGGCUACAAUUUCUGGUGUCAAUGUCCACGAUGUAAAUUUGAAGGAGACGGGCCAGAUGUGUGUGCUAACUGUGAAACACAAGCUCCAGAGGGAAAGCAAUUCCCAGCCUGUGGUAAAUGCCGGAAAGUUUGGUAUUGUUCUCCAAAGUGUCAAAAGAUUGCCUGGAAAGCUGGACACAAGAAAAUUUGCACCGCAGUCAGUGCUGUUGCGCCGUCACCAGCGUCCAUCUGAUGUUGACUUCGAUCUUCCAUCUCAUUCUGAUAAUUCACAAAUCCCUCCAUUACUCACCAAAAUCAAUGAGGAUGGUAACACAUGUAAACGUGCGUGCUGUAGGUAUCUUGCGCUGAGCGAUUUGUUGCGUUCAAUGUGCUACGAAGAGAAGAACUACGUCGUUUUGGUUAGGAGGUCAAACAUCAAACGUCGCCUUGUUUCAUGUUCAUAUCGUUGGGUAGGAAUUAGGGAUGUGUCUGUCAUGAAACAUUUCUGAAGCUAAUCAGGAAAGAUAAGUGUAGAUUGAAAACAAGGAGUAAUUAGGGCCAGUUAUGAAUGAUAUCAUUGAUUACGUUCAGAUUCAGUGUGUAUUUAUCCCACGCACACACAAACAUUCGCACGCAAGCUCACAGAGGUGUCCUCUGUUGGGUUAAUCGACCUGUUAUAGCCGUGAAAUCGCUCUCAUGCCAUACUUUGCUGUCAAAAAAACAAAAAACAAAGGGAAAACAGCCGACAUGUUUAUUCAAUCAUACGUUUGUUGAUUAUCACUGAAAAUAGCAACAGAAUGACUACGGAACGACUAUUUGAUCAAACCAUCCACGGUGCUAAACAACAACAACAACAACAACAACAACAGCAACAACAACAACAACAACAACAACAACAACAGCAAUAACAACAACAACAGCAGCAGUAACAGUAACAGUAUCACCACCACCAACAACACCGGCAACAACACAUUCGUAAACUCAUGCAUAUAUACACAUGUAUGCAUACACAUGCAUACAUACUCGGACAUACACGCACGCAUGCACACACAGACACAUGCACACAGACACACAUAGACACACACACACACACACAUACACACAUUCACGAGUGCAUAUAUAUAUACAUACAUGCAGAAUUCUUUAAACAUACGAAUAGAGGAGAAUGUUUCUACCCAUUUGAACGACCGGCUAGAAAUAGCAACCAAAUCACUUUCAAAUCACCACAUAACAUCUGAAAAAAUAAGGAAGAGAAAAAGAAUAGUCACAUUUGAUAAAAUUUAUCCUCUAAAUUCACUAAAAGAGAUGGUCACGAUUGGAAUGUCUCUCAUCAUGUCUCCUAGAUCAAGAUUAACAUAAGGCGAAGCAAGAGCUACUUACGCAUGCACACACAUGCAUUCGCAUGCACACUCGCACGCAUGCCCACACGCGCCUACUCACUCACACACACGCACACAGUUUCUCUCUCUCUCACUCGUAGACGAACACACAGAGACAUACAUAGUCUCUUUCUCUCUCCGUCUCUCUCUCUCUCUCACACACACACACAAACACUUGUACACACAUAUACAGACGCGCGCCCACACACACACACGACUUUUUGGAUUUCAUUUUAAUCCCACAUCAUUUGAACAUAGGCUGGAUUAAACGAAUCGGUAGAUCGUCCAUAUUUAUACCUCAAUCCAGUUACCAGCGAGGUCACAUUUGCCGUUCAUUCUUCUGGGGUCGAUCAAAUAAAGUACCAACUAUGUACUUGGGUCCAUACAUAGUAAACUCUACACGACAGUAGUAGGAGUAGCAGUAGUAGUAGUGUGUGGGCAUGCGCUGUAACAUCGCUGUAACAGCGUGUCGCUGCAUCCAUCAUUUCUUGGUGACUCUCUUCUUCUCUUCGCGGAUGAUAUCUCUGCAAAACUCAGGCGACAAUCCUCCAACCCCUCAGACCGUGGGUCUGGUUUGAGUAGUUGUUGCUGGUGGGGAAUUUUACGACGUCGGAGUGCAAAUGCUACCUCAACCCCUUUUAAUCGCUUUUACGAUAGGCAGAGGAAACAUUAGAUCUAUUCUUUGGUAUGACGAUUCCUACACAUCAUCGGAGGAACGUCAAAUGAAAUAUUUUGCUACAGAACACAACACGCUGCCCAGUCAGGGACUCGAAACUGUGACCUAAUGAUCGUGAGCGCAACAUUUUGUCCACUGGGCUAUGCAUCUCCAUGGUACAGUUUCCUUAAACUUGCUACCUCGUGCCAAUGCUGCUCAAUACACGGAGGUGCAAAAGUAGGUAAAAAGUUAUGAAAAAAAAAAUAAAGAAAAGAAAAGAUGUACAAUACUCAUUAUUUUUAUGAAAAAA